AUGGGGCUGCAGACGGGAUGUGGCCGGCCCGUGCCGGGGUCUCGGUGCGGCGGCCGCGGGCGGGGCGGCGCGGGCGGCGCGGGGCCGGCAGGGGGCGCCGCGGCGGCGGCGCUGAGGGCGGCCAUGGCCCGGUGGGGCGGCGCGCAGCAGGACCCCGAGUGGGCGCCCGAGGCCUGGCAGGGCGCGGGCCCCGAUCCCGGCGCGGGCCCCGGCGGGGCGGCCCCGGCGGGGCUGUCGCUGCGGGCGGCGGCGGCGGCGGAGCGGCGGCUGGAGCGGAGCGUGGAGGCGGCGGAGCGGCGGCUGGAGCGGCUGGAGCGGCGCGUGGCGGGGCUGGAGCGCACGGUGCGGGCCGGCGGGGCCCGCCUGGCCGCGCUCCUCAGGGACAACUCCCGCCGCCUCCGCCGCAUCCAGCGCCAGCUCCGCCGCUGCCGCUGCGGGGGGAACCGCACCGGCACCGGCACCGGCAGCGACAGCGCCCGGGAGCGGGCACAGGUGCCGGCGGCGGGCGAGGGGGAGGCGGCCGCUCUGCCGGAGCAGGAGCUGGGGAGCGGGGACAGCCGGGAGCUCCACGGGAUCGCCAGGAAGGGGAAUUGUGAGGCCGUCGUCCCUCUCGGGCCCCAGGAUGCUGGUUCCAAACCAGAACUGCUGCCACCAGCCGAGGACAGGGAGGAUCCAGGGAGCCCCGGGCUGCCGGAGAAGGAAGCAGUGCCAGGACAGCUUGGUGACAGUGAGAUGAUCGUGAUCAAGACGGAGGAGCAGCAGCCGCAGGAGGCCGGCGCCGAGCUCCUGGCGCUGCCGGUGGUGCCCGCGGUCAGGCUGGACGAGGAGGUUCCCCUCGGCCAGGAGCAGCCGGUUUCCUGGGACAGCCACGGCGCGGCGGGGCCCAAGGCGGCCGGGGCGGGCCUGGGGGAAUUCUGCCUGGGGGAGUUCAAGCCGGUGGUGGUGCCGGUGGAGGCUCACCCUGCGCCGGGCCUGCCCUUCCCCGCGGAGCACGCGCUGGGCGCGGGCACGGAGCAGCCGUUCGCCCUCGCCCAGGGAAUGGCGCUGGGAGAAGACCCCGCGGCCGAGGUGGCCUCGCCCGGCUGGGAGCAGCAGAGCCCCCAGGACGAUCCCCGGGCGCUGCCGCCGGGCUGGAAGAGCGCGCGGCUGACGCGGAACCUGCUGGCGCGGCAGCAGAGCCGGGCCAGGAAGGGCAGCGGCUCCUUCAUCUGCACAUCCUGCGGGAAGAGCCUGGCGCACCACGCCGCGCUGCUGCGGCACCAGCGCCUGCACACGGGCGAGCGGCCCUUCCAGUGCCCCGCCUGCGGCAAGAGCUUCAACGAGAAGUCCAACCUCAACAAGCACUACCGCAUCCACACGGGCGAGCGGCCGUACCGCUGCCCCGCCUGCGGCAAGGGCUUCGUGCAGAAGCACCACCUGCAGAAGCACCAGCGCAUCCACGGGCCGCAGCUCCGCGGCGCCUGGCCGGGCCGGCCGGCGCGGGCCGGCGCCCCCGGCGAGCGGCUCUACCGCUGCAUCGAGUGCGCCGAGAGCUUCCCGCAGAAAGCGUCGCUGGAGGAGCACCAGCGCCGGCACACCCAGCAGCGGCCCUUCCAGUGCCACGGCUGCACCAAGAGCUUCCGGCACCGGCAGUCGCUCAACCACCACCAGAAGGUGCACGCCGUGGCCACCUCGCCGGCCGGCAGCUUGCCGGGACACGAGCCGGAGCUGGAGGCUCUGGGCCAGGACGAUCGGUAGCCUGCGGGAAGGGAAGGACAGCGGUUCUUCGGCGCGGGAUGCGCCGCGCAGCCGGGACUCGUGGCAGCGCCUGGGGCUCGGGAGGAGCAGGGAGCCGCUGCCUGCUCGGAGGGGAAGGGCCCGCGGUGGGAUGGGGCCGGCCACGGGCGGCAGAGGAGGGGCGGCGGCUGGAGCCGGGCCGGGCGGUGCCGCUGCCCCGGGGACUCAGCAGAGCAGCGCCCCGGUCACAUCCCGGAUCCCGGGUUGUUUGAACAUCGUAGGGAGUGGCCAGUGGCCUGGGGGCAGCUGAUAGCCCCGAGAAGGCUGUGGGGGCUGGGUGGCAGGACCAGCCGAAGAGAAUCAGAUAAAAUGAGCUGACCUGGUCUCCUGUUGUGCUCUGGGGGGUGGGGGUGACAUCCCUGAUGCAACAGGGACGGGGCCGUCAGGGGAGGAAUGCAGAGCUACCUGCUGGGGAUAUAUGAUGGGAAUGUGGAGCAGUUCCACAGGAAUCCCCCACAGGAUUCUCGGUAGGGCACCGUGGGACUCACACAUCCCACCCAAGGGCCACCCCAUCCCCUGCCCUUCCCCACUCCCCCGGCUGCUCAUCCAUCCUGCCUGGGAUUCCACAACUCUCCCAGUGGCCUGGGGGCUCUGCAGCUGCUCGAGGUGACUCCCCAAACCCUCCCACUGAGAGCUGUCCUGGCUGCUCCCCCUUCUGUGCCCACAGGCACCAGCACAGCCCCCAAAGCAGCCAGACAUAGACACAAAUACUUUAUUGAUUCCACAGCCUGAGACAGGGAUCGGGAAUGUCGCAGGAAAUGCUGCUCCCGGUCACAGCAGAAUUAGCAAUGCCAGGCUGGGGCUGCUGGCCCUGCUGCUGGCCUGGGGGGAUUCACCCACGGGCAACACCGGCACACAGCUCAGCCAUGGCCCUGGGAUGAACUGGGGAGCACUGGGAUCUCUGCCUGGGCAGGGAUAACAGGGAGAACCAGCCACUGGCUGACUGCUGCAUCCAUGGGCCCACGUGCACAAGGCAUCAACCCCCUGUGCCAGCCACUGGCCCCCUCCUGGCUCCUGCUGCAGCCUGGGAAUGCUCCACACCGCAAUCCCAGGGGCAGGAAUUGUGAGACAGCAGCCCAGAGCAGCAGUGGGAUGUCACUGUAUUCCUGUGGAGCAGCUG